ACUCCUGGAGGGCGGGGCCGAAGCUGGGCUGAGAGACGAGGCGGGGCGGCGGCUGUGCGCGUGCGCGGAAGAGAGUGAGGGGCGGUGGCGUCGCGGCCCGCCUGGAUUGAGUUAUCUGCGACAAGAUGCAGGACCCCAACGCAGACACCGAGUGGAAUGACAUCUUACGCAAAAAGGGCAUCCUGCCCUCAAAGGAAAGUUUGAAUGAAUUGGAAAAGGAGGCAGAGGAGGAGGACGAGCAGCGAGUCCUUCAGCAGUCCAUUGUGAAAACAUACGAAGACAUGACUUUGGAAGAACUGGAGGAGAAUGAAGACGAAUUUAAUGAGGAGGAUGAACGAGCUAUUGAAAUGUACAGGCAACAAAGACUGGCUGAGUGGAAAGCAACUAAACUGAAGAAUAAAUUUGGAGAAGUUUUGGAGAUCUCAGGAAAGGAUUAUGUUCAAGAAGUUACCAAAGCUGGAGAGGGCUUGUGGGUAAUCUUGCACCUUUACAAACAAGGGAUUCCCCUCUGCGCCCUGAUAAAUCAGCACUUCAGUGGACUUGCCAGGAAGUUUCCUGAUGUCAAGUUUAUCAAAGCCAUUUCAACAACCUGCAUCCCCAAUUAUCCUGAUAGGAAUCUGCCCACAAUAUUUGUUUACCUUGACGGUGAUAUCAAGGCUCAGUUUAUCGGACCUCUGGUGUUUGGUGGCAUGAACCUGACAAUGGAUGAGUUGGAGUGGAAAUUGUCUGAGUCGGGAGCAAUCAAGACAGACCUGGAGGGAAACCCUAAGAAACCAGUUGAAGACGCCUUGCUGUCCUCGGUGCGGGGCUGUGUCCCCUUGAGGCAGGGCAGUGACUCCGAGGAUGACUGAGGCUGCGGGAACCCGCCCAGCGAUGGGACACAUCGUCUGGAUCUUCUAAGAAAGGGAAAAGGAGGAUUGAGUCCUUUGCUUUUCAGCCUUUUAUAAUUAUGUUUUAAAUCUCGUAGGUCUCAGAAAUUAUCAUUGCUGGGAAUCCUAUUCAAUUUCAUGGAACUCUCUUUUUUAAAUUAAAAUAUUUCCUUAAAAAAAUAAAAACCA